CUCCCGCGGCGCCCGCAGCCAUGGAGCGCGCGGCCUCCAGCAUCCAGGUGCUGCUGCAGGCGGCCGAGUUCCUGGAGCGGAGGGAGCGGCGCGACCGGAUCCCCCCGUGUCUGGCGGAGGCCGAACACGGGUACGCCUCGCCGUGCCCCGCGCGGCCCCGCCAGGCCGGGGGCGGCGGCAGGUCGGUGCACAACGCGCUGGAGAAGCACAGGCGGGCGCAGCUCCGGCGCUGCCUGGAGCAGCUGAAGCAGCAGGUGCCGCUGGGAACGGGGCCGGCCCGGCCCACCACGCUGAGCCUCCUGCACCGCGCUCGACUGCACAUCCAGCGGCUGCAGGAGCAGGAGGUGAGGGCGCGCCGGGUGAAGGACCGCCUGCGGAGCCGGCAGCAGAGCCUGCGGCAGCGGCUGGAGCAGCUGCUGAGCCCCUGCGGGGCCGAGCGGAGCCGCGCCGACAGCCUGGACUCGUCACAGCUCUCAGAGCAGUCGGGCUCUGACGGAGAGGAGGCCGAGAUCGACGUGGAGGGCGCGGGGCUCGGUGCGGAGCCGCUGGUUGGCUUCAGCACCGGCAAAGACCACAGCUACUCCAGCCCCCGCGGCCCCUGGUCCUGACAGCGCUGUCCCCUCAGGACACGCUGCCACGUCGGCCCAGGGCUGUGGGGGGGCAUCGGGUGCCUGGUGCAUCCCUACCCCGGGCGGCUGAGUAGAGCUGAACGCAGCGCUGGGCGCGUGGCUCCCGGCCCCGCUCUGCACAGUAAAGCACCGCUGGGAGCGGAAGAGGCGCUGGCAGACAGCCUGGCCCCAGUGGGGAUGCGCCAGGGUUGUGUACAGUGGACACAGGGCAGUGCCCACCCCCCGCCCACUCCCCCAGAUGCAGCUACAGGCUAGCCCUGCUGGAGCCCGGAAGGGGAAGUGAGCACAUUGAGCAAUGCUUCACGCUCCCACCACCACCUUGACUCCUCUCUCUUGUAUAUACCGACACUAUUAUUGCAGUAAAGGCAUUUGGUUAAA